AUGGAGUAUGAAAUUUUAGGGUUAAGUAUAGCACUUUUGCUAUGGGUUGCAUGGGCCAUAACGACAGAGCGGUGCCACCGGCGAUUGGAAGAGCUAGGUCAACUUCCACCUGGACCAACAUGGUGGCCGGUAGUUGGCAAUAUAUUUCAAUUAGGGUUGGCGCCACCUCAUGUGUCCUUUGCCAAGUUGGCUUGUCGACAUGGACCCAUCAUGACUUUAUGGUUAGGUUCAAUGAGCACCGUGGUCAUCUCGUCCAACGAGGUGGCUCGUGAGAUGUUCAAGAACCAUGACGUGGUGUUAGCUGGCAGGAAGAUUUACGAAGCCAUGAAAGGAGAUUUCGGCCAUGAGGGAUCCCUUAUAACAUCCCAGUACGGCCCACACUGGCGGAUGCUACGACGACUGUGUACCACAGAAUUUUUCGUGACAAGUCGUCUUGAUGCCAUGCGAGGAGUUCGAAGACGGUGCAUCGAUCAAAUGUUGCAAUCCGUACAAGAUGCAAGUGCAAAUGGCACGAACCCAAUUGAUGUGGGGCGGUUCGUUUUCUUAAUGGCGUUCAACUUGAUAGGAAACCUCAUAUUCUCAAAAGAUUUAUUGGAUCAUAAAUCGGAAAAAGGUGUAAAAUUUUUUUACCAUGCAGGGAAAGUGAUGGAGUUAGCCGGUAAACCAAAUGUCGCAGAUUUUUUACCUAUUCUAAAACGGGUCGACCCGCAAGGUAUAAGGAGGAAAACCCAAUUUCAUGUUAAAAAAGCAUUUGAAAUUGCCGAAGGAUUCAUUAAAGAAAGGAUGAAAAACAUUGGAUAUGGAGAAAAUGAAGGGAAAAGAAAGGACUUUUUGGAUGUUCUUUUGGAGUUUCGUGGUGAUGGCUUGGAAGAACCUUCUAAAUUUUCCUCUCGAACCAUCAAUGUCAUUGUUUUUGAGAUGUUCACUGCAGGAACUGAUACAACAACAAGCACUAUAGAAUGGGCAAUGGCUGAGCUUCUACACAAUCCAAGGACAUUAAAAACAGUCCAAGCUGAAUUGAGGAACCAUUUAGGCCACCAUGGGAGGAGCCUUGAAGAAAAAGACAUCGAAAACCUACCAUAUCUCAAAGCAAUAAUCAAAGAAACCCUAAGACUUCACCCACCAAUCCCUUUCUUAGUCCCUCACAUGGCUAUGGACUCUUGUAAGAUGUUGGGUUACCAUAUCCCUAAAGAAACCCAAGUUUUGGUGAACGUUUGGGCCAUCGGAAGAGACCCGAAAACGUGGGAAAACCCGUCAGAGUUCAGACCGGAACGGUUCUUGGAGCCGAAUACAAUGGAUUAUAAGGGUCACCAUUUUGAGUUUAUUCCUUUCGGGUCCGGUCGUCGGAUGUGCCCAGCGGUGCCACUCGCGUCUCGACUGCUCCCGAUGGCACUCGGGUCAUUGUUACAUUGCUUUGAUUGGAGUUUGGCUGACGGGGUUAAGCCCGAAGAUUUGGAUAUGAGUGAGAGAAUGGGGAUAACAUUGAGGAAAUCUGUUCCCUUAAAGGCCUUAGCAAUACCUUGCACUGAUUUUAGACACUAAAAUUCGAAUUGUUAAACUUGUUAUGAAUAGCUGCAUCAACUGAUCGGAUUUUUGGAAAAAAUCCUUUGUUCAUUUUAAUUUGUGCUCUUCUGUGUAUGUAUAUUUACUUUGGGAAUAAUGUUUUAUAAUUGUUGUGAAUAAUAGAAAGACUGUGGUAAAGGACUUAAAUAUA